AUGAAAUACGCAACUACGACAGUCACUAUUGGCGGCACAACUUCAGAUGGAGCUUAUUCAAACAGCUUUCCAAUUCAAACCCUUACUGCAAUUGUCCCACAAUCCGCUGAUCUUGUAGUCGAACCUUAUGGUAUCUUUAUCGCGGCCAGUCAAAUCGACGAUUUAGUCCCAAAAUGGUCAGUGGAAAAAUGGUAUUCUCAAACGGCUACAAUAUGGCCAAGUGGCAAAACCUCAAACACUGAAGGUAUUACAUAUGUAGAAAAUGUCCCUCUUGGAGUCAACGAAUAUUUAGAUGAAAACGGAAUCUAUCUUGAUGCUACUAAGUUUAAAGGCAAAGACACCAGUGGAGGCAAUCAAAGAUUGGAUAAAUCCAUGUUGUUUAUCAGCCUUGUUAUUGUAUUGUUACUUGUUACUCUUACUGUUUGA